AUGGCAGAUACUGGUUAUAAUCCUUACUUGGCACAUCUAACCAAUCAACAACUCACCUCUAAUAUUAAUUCUAGAAGUCCUCUUGACGGCUUUAUACCUGGCAAAACAACCGCCGAACAAGCUAGGAAAGUUGAGGAGGGAAAGAUUAAUCCUUUUACGAGUAAAUCUUAUUCUCCCGAAUACUAUAAACUUUUAUCAACUCGUCGGAAUUUACCCGUUCAUGCACAGAGACAUGAGUUUCUCAAUUUGGUACAUGAAAGCCAAUUCGUUGUGUUUGUUGGAGAAACAGGAUCGGGUAAAACUACACAAAUUCCUCAAUUUUUGUGUUAUGACGAGUUACCCCAUUUAAAAAAAAAACAGAUUGCAUGUACUCAGCCUAGACGUGUUGCAGCAAUGUCUGUUGCAAAACGUGUUGCUGACGAGAUGGAUGUCAAGCUAGGAGAAGAAGUUGGUUACAACAUUCGUUUUGAAGAUUGUUCAGGGCCCAAAACUAUAUUAAAAUAUUUAACGGACGGUAUGCUUCUUCGUGAAGCAAUGAAUGAUCCAAAACUUGAAAGAUACUCUGCUAUUAUUCUUGACGAGGCACAUGAACGUACACUCGCGACCGACAUUUUGAUGGGUCUUAUUAAAGAGAUUGCAAAGAAAAGACAAGAUUUGAAAGUAGUUGUAAUGAGUGCAACUCUCGACGCAGAGAAAUUUCAAAAAUAUUUUAAUGAUGCCCCUGUGCUGACCGUGCCUGGUAGAACAUUUCCAGUAGAAAUUUAUUAUACGCCUGAAGCAGAACGGGAUUAUUUAGAAGCAGCUAUUCGCACUGUAAUGCAAAUUCAUGCAUGUGAAGAUGAAGGUGAUAUUCUAUUAUUCUUGACAGGAGAAGAAGAAAUAGAAGAUGCAUGUCGUAAAAUUAAACAAGAAUCAGAAGAAUUGAUGAGACAAACCGAAUUAGGCCCUUUAAAAGUUUUGCCUCUAUAUUCAUCUCUUCCGCCUCAACAGCAACAGCGUAUAUUCGAAGAACCUCCUGUUAGCGCAAAUGGGAAACUUGGACGUAAGGUUAUUGUGUCAACGAACAUUGCUGAGACUUCUUUAACGAUUGAUGGAAUCGUUUAUGUGGUGGAUCCUGGUUUUAGUAAACAAAAAGUAUACAAUCCUCGUAUACGCGUAGAGUCUUUGCUUGUCAGUCCGAUAAGCAAAGCAUCAGCACAACAGAGGGCUGGCCGUGCUGGUCGAACACGUGCUGGGAAAUGUUUUCGACUUUACACUGAAAAAGCUUAUACGAAAGAAUUACAGGAACAAACAUUUCCGGAAAUUUUACGUAGUAAUUUGGGCAGUGUUGUACUUCAAUUAAAAAAACUGGGAAUAGAUGACCUUGUGCAUUUUGAUUUUAUGGAUCCUCCUGCACCCGAAACUCUUAUGCGCGCCCUUGAAUUACUAAAUUAUUUGGGAGCGCUUGACGAUGAAGGCGAACUGACUGCCAAUGGAAAUACAAUGGCUGAAUUUCCACUUGAUCCACAACUUUCAAAAAUGUUGAUUGAAAGUCCAAAUUAUAAAUGCUCAAACGAAAUAUUGUCAAUUACGGCUCUAUUAUCAGUACCAAAUGUGUUUUUGCGACCCAAUGAACUCAAGAAACAGGCCGACGAAGCAAAAGCAAAAUUUGCUCAUACAGACGGUGAUCACUUAACUUUGUUAAAUGUCUAUCAUGCCUAUAAAUCUAAUAUUAAUGAUCCCGAAUGGUGUUAUAAUAAUUUUCUCAGUAGCCGUUCCCUAAAAUCUGCGGAUAAUGUACGCCAGCAGCUUAAGCGCAUUAUGGAACGAUGUGAUGAAGAAUUAAUCAGUACACUUUUUACUGAUAAAAAUUAUUAUAUAAAUAUACGAAAGGCUUUAACAGCCGGAUUCUUUAUGCAAGUAGCACAUUUAGAAAAAUCUGGACAUUAUUUAACCUGCAAAGACAAUCAGGUUGUGCAGCUUCAUCCUUCUUCUUCCCUUGGGCAUCAACCCGAAUGGGUCUUGUAUAAUGAGUUUGUUCUUACCACUAAGAAUUACAUUCGUACCGUAACAGAGGUCAAAGCGGAAUGGCUCUUGGAGAUCGCUCCCUCAUAUUAUGAACUAUCAAAUUUUCCAAAGUGCGAAGGAAAACGUGUAUUAGAAAAGAUUGCAAUGCGCAAACUACGCAAAACUUAUACGUAA